AUGGAGGAAGAGCAGCAGUUGCAGAGACCCUCGCCCAGCGGGGCAUCGGAGGAGGAAGAAGAAUCUGAAGCCAUCGAACUGGUUCUCUUCCACGUCAACGAAUGUUACGUCUACCUGGUAAGCGUGUGGCCGCCGGGUACUUGAAUCUCUCUCACCUGCUGGUGCAUCUUGACGGGGAAUUUGGGAUCUUCUGAUGCAGUAUACUACAGACCGCUGUGAUAAUUGCAUCGUAUCCAUGCUCCUGCCGCUAACUAUAUUCUCCUUGUCUGUGUUUGUACAGAUACCUCCCAGGAUGAGCGCGGCUUCUUACAGGUCAGGCCGAAUAGCCUGCUCCCGCCGUCUUUGUUAAUGGAAAAGACCCUCGGGCACUUGAUAAGCGUACUCGCUUAAUUUCACUCGCAAUAUCGCUCUCUGUAUUGCCAACCAUAUUCACAGCUUCGAAAAAAUAUCCUUUUGAUCGAAAGAAUGCUGGGGAGUUUUCGAAAGGAUAGAUACAGGAAUUGGGCGAUCUGGUCUAUUUGCUUUCCUAAACCAUUUUUUUAUUAAGGGUACAUGGCAGAUCUGGUAUAUAUUUUGUUCUCUGGGUGUCAUCAGGGAAAUGUCUGAGACUACAUAUUCCUUGCACCUUGACAUUUCACUACAAGUAAAGGCAAUUGCGAAUAGAAAAAACUAUAAAAAUAGAUAAUAGUGAAGAGAAAAUUCUAGAGUCUAUUUCCAAAAGAGAGGACAAGAAUGCCGCACUUUUUUCAAAGCAUGUUGUGAUCACUGUGGCCCCUUCUGAAGGCGUAUCUGAAGCACAUAGGGACUCGUGAUUAUUUUUUUUUCUAGCACCAUGCUUUUCUGUCCAAUGUAAUUUAGGCAUACCCAUGGUUCAAUACUAGGAAAUCGUCAGUGUAACACUUUUGGCCAAAUGACCUUGAUUUUUUGUAUUUUUCUUCUCUGCUAUUGAAAGCUAUUCGGUGCAGUUGAUUGUUGCCUGAGACUGUUCAGUAGGGUAGUCUUUUGUCAUACGAUAUCAUCUGAGUUGAAAAUUUUCAUAAAAUUAGGCCAAGGUUAUAAUCGAAUGUGUACGUGAUAUUUUGUUUCUUGAACGCAGACAGUAUAAAAGCAUAUAAGGUGAAACCAUUUGUUUUAAUUGAGAGCAUUCUCCCUGACUAAAAAUAAUAAACACAAGCCCUAUAAAAGGGAGGGAUAAAAACUAGAACAGUUUUAAGUUUAAACAAGAAUAAUCGAUAAUCAUGUCAAUAUCCCUUCACAUAAUGAUUUAGAGAAUGUGGAUGGCUGCUGGGUGCUCUUUGAAUUUUAUUCAAUCAAUAACUGUUCAUUGUUCCUGCAUAAUUUUUUGCUCCAUGUAGGCUUAAUAAAUCUUAAAAUAUUCCAAGCGAGGGAAUGACACCUUCAUAUCAUUCUCAGCAUUUGUUUACUUCCUUUUGACAGUGCCAGAAUAGAGGGUUGGGUCGUCCGCAUUGUUCAUUGGGAGGAACUCUAUCCUAAUUAAUUUUUUAAGUAUAUUUGUUUCUGACUGAUUUCUUUCAUGUUCGAUUGUGACGGGUAUUUUUCCAAUCAAAACAAUUAUUCAAGACUUCGUGAUGACCAAUACGAUGUAUUUUUCAGAGCUGAUGAAUGGAAUGUCAACAAAUGGGUUUGGGAGGGAUCUCUUAAAGUUGUAAGCAGAGGGGAGGAAUGCAUCAUUAAGCUCGAAGAUAAGAACACAGGUGGUCAUCUACCAAAAAAAAUUUCUUCUCUUUUUUAAUCGUCCUUAAUCCUCAAAGAAUAUGACCGUGAAAUUUGGCCCUUGCUGGCCAAAAGUAUAAACUGGACACAACGGCUGAGAUACCACGUAUGUACUCCAAAACAUAAUCAAACGUUAUUUCUUCUCGACAUCUUUAUAACCUCAAAAAUUCUCAUCUAAUAUCUUCUAUCAUGAAAUUCUGAACUUAGCUAGCUGAUCAUCCGACAUCUUUGAAGCAGGGGAGCUUUAUGCUCGUGCAUUUCUUAGAAAGGGAGAGCCCCACCCCGUAGAGCCUGUAAUUGAUAGCAGCAGGUUUGGCUGAUGACGCUUGUGAAGUCUACUAUCCUUUUUAUUAUAAUUCUUUUUUUUUUCAACAUUUCAAGUAUCUACUGUUGACUCUCCUACCUUUCUGUUUGAUGAUUCUACAGGUAUUUUGUCUUGAGGAUUGAAGAGAACCUGGGUAAUUUUUUUACCCUUUUUUUAAUUUGAUGUUACAGUUUUGUUAAGAAAAAAAAUGAUGUUUCAAGGACGACACAGCUUUUAUGGAAUCGGCGAAAGUGAUUUAAGAAAUGUUAUUUCGGAUGAGUUGAUCAGAAAGUAUAUAGAGGAAUUCUUUUAGCACUAAAUCUUUCAUGUAAAUUUAUUUUUAAUUGUGAUGCAAUAAACAAAGAAAGUCAUGCAGAUGAUGCGCUAAGUGAUUAAUGGAAAAAGCAAAUAUUAGAGCAUCAUAUCUGUCGAGGAAAGGGUUUGCUAGUGCCUAGUGCCAGUGUUGAAUGAGAGAUUAAAUGCUGUGUGAGGGAGACGACGAAGGCCAUUCUGGGUUGCCGGGCCUAGUAGUUGAAGUGCUUUAGAAAUCCGCUAGUCGCAUUUCUUGGAUCUGUUGUCUUCCAUUAUAUAUGAGUAAAACUCUCUCUCAUCAUGCUUUUGCAAUUUCUUGCAGGUGGCCGUCUUCGUCAUGCAUUCAUUGGCAUAGGCUUUCGAGAAAGAUCCCAAGCUUAUGAUUUCCAGGCUGCUCUGCAUGACCAUAUGAAGUAUCCUUUUCCUAUCUACCUUCUUUUGCCUGGAGAGAGUUCUUACCCGGUACAGAAGAUGGCCGGGUGGUCUAGUUUAGAAUCAUUAAUGCAAUAGAGUCUUUCAUUCUAGUUGUAUCUCCCUGUUCCUCCUUUACAUACCUGAAGAUACCUAGAUAAAAAGAAGACAGCAGAGGAGAUGGAGCAGCAUUUCCAGUCAAACCCCUCCGUUGACUAUAGUCUAAGGGAAGGGGAGACCCUGGUACUUCAAAUAAAAAAUGUAAGAUUCAUCUCAAAUGUUUGCCAUUAGAAACGAAAAUUAGUUGUAGACAGCUGCAUUUUAUUACUUGCCCAGUGUUUAAAUGCUAGGGAACGCACAACUCUGUAAACGUUUUCUUUGUGUGAGACAGAAGGGGAAUCGAAGCCCAAAAUCCACCAUCUCUGAGGCUAUCAACAGCCUCUCCCUGGAAGAAAGCUCCACAAGCAAGCCGGCCUCAGUUUCUCUCAAACCUCCGCCACCUCCACCUGCACCUGUCUCUCCCGUCGGUACCAGUGAGAAGCCUAAUUCAACAGUGGACCCUCACCCCAAGGAACCAUCCCCAGGGCAAAAGAGUGAGGCAGAUGCAGUAGAAGACGACUUUGGAGAUUUUCAAGCGGCUGCUUGA